AUGGCAGUCAAGGAGAUCCAGGUCUUCAGAUUGGACGUUGGGGAGCAUUUUGGACGGCUGACGGAGCAAGAACAACGAUAUGCGCACCACAUGGCUCGCGCUGCUUGGCUCGGGGCGAGAAUCAUCCUAAGCCAGGUCUCCCCGGAGUCGCCGGCGAUCUUCGACUUCAUCCUCGAGCUGCACCGAGCCUGCGGCGGGAAAUGGCAGACUCUCGCGGAAGCAGGCCACAUUAGUAGCGAGGAUCUCCAACAGUUCCUAACCUAUGCCGCCACGUUUCUGUCGAACAUUGGCAACUACUUUGGCUCCGGCGAUCAAAAGUUCGUCCCCGGUCUCUCUGACGCAGCCCUCCGCAAGCUUGCCUGCAUCUCCCCCAAGCUCACCCAGCUCUACGAUGAAAUCUCGCCCGCCAUCAGCGCCAUCCCCCCGUUCAGCCUCGGCUUCCCUUCAGCCACAACCCAAUCCAGCUACUACCUUGGCGCCCUCACCCCGCAGGAAAUCACCUCCGUCGACAGGCUGCUCGAACAGCAGUCCAUCUUCCCCGAAAACACCCGCCUCCAAAAGCCCGCCGACACCACCACCGGCGGCACCACCUCAACUCCAACCAUCAACAUCCUCGUGGCCUCCGCCCAGCCCACCCCUCCUCCCACCCGACUCCCCUCCACCAUCCCAACAACCAAAGCCAACAUCCACCUCCGUAAAGGCGACCACUCCGGGCCCCUACGCGCAAUCUGCACCGAGCUCUCCUUCGCAUCCGCCCACGCCGCCACGGAGGCGCAGCGCGCCGUGCUGCGCGGCUACCUCGCCUCCUUCGAGACGGGCGACUUGCAUGCCUACCGUGCGGCGCAGCGCGCCUGGGUGCGGGACAUCACGCCGCGCGUGGAGAGCGUGCUCGGCUUUGUCGAGCCGUACCGCGAUCCGGCGGGGGUUAGGGGGGAGUUUGAGGGGAUUGUUGGGUUUGUGGAUGCCGAGGGGGAGAAGGGGUUGGCGAGGCUUGCGGUUGGGGAUGGGGGGAGGUGGCUUGUGAGGAGGUUGCCUUGGGUUAUUGCUUCGGGGGGUGAGGGAGGUGAGGGGGGUGGUGGGAUGGGGCCGUUUGAGAAGGAUGGGGUGGAGGCUAAUGGGUUGGCGAGUGUUCAUGCGCUGGCGUACUGCUCCAGCAUUAUCUUCCCGGGGAUCAACUUGCCCAAUUACAACGACAUUCGCCAGGAAGUCGGCUUCAAGAACAUCAUCUUCGCCAAUCGCAUGCGGGUCGAGAGCCAAGCGAAGCAGUACCCCUUCAUCGACCCCGCCGAGGCAGAGACCUUCGCGAAGCACAAGUUUCCCGCGUACUACUGGUGGGUUGUGCUGCAUGAGAUCCUCGGCCACGGCACGGGGCGCAUGCUCGUCGAGAGCGCCGAGGGCAAGUACAACUUUGACAUCAACAACCCACCCAUCAACCCUCUGACCGGCGAGCCCAUAACCUCCUGGUACAAGCCUGGCCAGACGUGGACGGGACAGUUUGGGGACCUGGCGACCACCGUCGACGAGUGCCGAGCCGAGCUGGUGGGCGCGUAUCUGAUGGAUGAUCCGGAGGUGCUGGCGCUGCUGGGGUUUACUGAGGACCUGGAGAUCCGAGCGGAGGACCUAACCUACAACCUGUACCAGCAACUUGGCGUUGAUGGCCUGCGCGGCCUGGCGAACUUCAAUGUCGAUAGCGGAAAAUGGGGCCAGGCUCACAGCCGAGCCCACUUCGCCAUCCUGCAAUGCCUCCUCCGCAACGGCGACGGCGUCAUAACAGUGACUCACGACAAGGCCGCUCGGUCGCUAACAGUCCGGGUAGACCGGUCCAAGAUUCGGACCCACGGAAAGCCCGCCCUCGGCGCCAUGCUCUUGCGGCUGCACAUGUACCGGUGCACGGCAGACGUGGCGGCGUGUCGCACCUACUACGAGGACCUGUCGCGGGUGGACGAGGAACAUCUCGCGUGGCGGGAGGCGGUGCUCGCGAACAAGCCGCCGCCGCUCGUGUUUGUGCAGGCCAAUACCUUCUUGGAGGGGGACAGGGUUGUGCUGAAGGAGUAUGAGCCGACUGUGGAGGGCGUCAUUCAGAGCUGGGCUGAGCGGAUGGUUUGA